CACGUGAUCGUUGCCACGGGCGAUGCCAACCCCGUGCCGCAGCCUUUUCGGCGCGCAACAGGUUGGCGCCACGGCAACCGCGGCCUCCAUUCAAACCAAUUAAACCAAGCCAAAAUCUAGUUAAAUCUUCCAAAUCAUGGCAGUUCACAGGAUCGCAUCUUUAUUUUUGCAUCGCGAUAGCAGCUGCUACAUUGGUGACCCCGAUGGUCCAAACGGAUUUUGGACCCACACAAUGACCGACAACACAGCAGCCAAUGCAGUGGCACUCAAGCUGCCCACCUUUUGGACGCUUUGGCCCCGCGUGUGGUUCGACCAGGCCGAAGCCCAGUUUCAACUGUGGCAGAUCACCUCCGACUCCACGCGGUACUACCACGUGGUCAGCUCUCUGGACCAGGAGACAGCCGCCCAGGUCAGAGACUUCAUCCAAUCUCCUCCGAAGGAAGAUAAGUACCCGGCCUUCAAGGCCCUUCUCCUUCGGACCUUCGGCCUCUCCCGUCGCGAGCGUGCCGCCCGCCUGCUUCACCUCGACGGCCUGGGGGACAAAUCUCCAUCGGCCCUGAUGAACGAGAUGCUGGCUUUGGCUGAGGGACACAAGCCCUGCCUGAUGUUCGAGCAGGUCUUCCUCGAGCAGCUGCCCGACGACAUUCACCUGCUGCUGGCCGAUGCCGACUUCAGCAACCCACGUGAGGUAGCCGCCCGGGCAGAUAUCCUGUGGAAGGCCAAACGCGAGAGCGGUUUGUCCGUCGGCCAAAUUGCCAGACCGCUUGCCCAACGCCAACCUAAACCAGUCCCAGCAGCCAAGCAACCACACCCCAGAAACACAGAUGACAACACUGAUGACCAGCUGUGUUUCUACCAUCAGAGGUGGGGCGCGGAGGCCCGUCGAUGCCGCCCACCCUGCAAGUUUCAGGGAAACGCCAGGGCCAGCCACCGCUGAUGGCUACGGCAGCUGGCCACCAACACGGCCUCUUGCUCGUUUGGGACAAGCAGUCCGGCCGUCACUUCCUUGUCGAUACGGGAACAGAGGUCAGUCCCCAUCGUGUGUGCCCAAGGAACUCCGAGACUGUAAGUUCGUUUUCGUUCGCAGGGGACACCACGGGCACCAUUACAACGACCAUACGAGGGGCUGUUCCAGGUCGUCAGAAAUAAUAGGUCCACCUUUAUUUUGGACAUUGGGGGCAAGGAAGAAGUCUUCAUGAUGGACCACC